CACAUGCAAGGGCUGACCUUUACAUUUAUAUCCUUGUGACCUUGAGCUUUUAAGAGAGAGAGAUAGAGAAAGAUGGUGAGGCUAAGCAGAGGGGUGGUGGUUAUGGCUAUGGUAAUAAUAGUGGCUGCAAUUCAAGUUUGUAGCCACCAGGCGGCCGCCGGCGUGUCGUGGGGGGAACCUUGCAGUGACGAGGCUAAAACGAAAAUAGAAGGAUGCAUGAAGGAAGAGACUGUCGAUAAUAUUGACAAAUGCUGCUCUAUUUUACACAGUGUUAUUGAUGAUAGCUGCCCUUGUUGGGUUCACGCUAAGCUUACCGACAGAGCUCUUGCCAUUCUCUAUUUCAUUUACUGUGACAUUGCUCAUCCAUUAUGCUCAUCUGCUCAACCGAUAUGAUCGACAAAUAUGAGGCGGUGGGAAGAUAAUGGGAUAAUAUUAGUGGUUUUCCUUCUUCUAAAGCUAGCUAUAUGUCUUUGUCGAUGUUAGUUCUUAAUUUUCAAAUAUUAUGUAAUUUGUACCUUCUUGCUCUCAAGGAACUACGACAUGGUUUCCAUUUCCGUUUCA